GAUUCUGACCCACGUGGCAUGACGUCCUGCUUGAUGUGUUCAGCAGCGAAUAGACAGUCUGUGAAGCCGUUUUAUAGAGUUACUAUUCAACAACAGAAGAGACAUGUCUCAGUUACAAACAAGGUUCUUUACGGAUAACAAAAAAUAUUCAGUCGAUGACGUCCCAUUCUCCAUCCCUGCUGCCUCAGAGGUGCAGGAACUCAGCAACGUCAUCAACAAGCUGCUGGAAGCAAAGAAUGGUGAGAAUAGAUUCCACCUUGAGUUCUGGAUAUUCAUCAGGCUUCAACAUGGCAGGAGCCUUGUCUGGAAGACGGUCCACACUAGGAACAUCUGGACGGAAGAUGUGGUGGAGAUCGAGUAUGUGGAGAGGUUCACCGCUCCCCAACCAGAGGAGUGUAUGAUGCAUGAUGACUGGAUCAGUUCAGUGGAGGCAGACUCUGAAUGGAUCCUGACGGGCUCCUAUGAUAAGACGGCCAGGAUCUGGUCUCUGGAGGGCAAGGCUGUGAUGACGGUGGCCGGACACACGGACGUGGUGAAGGACGUGGCCUGGGUCAGGAGAGAUGGCCUGACCUCCCUGCUGCUCACGGCCUCUCUGGACCAAACCAUUCUGCUGUGGGAGUGGAACUCUGAGAGGAACAAGCUGAAAGCUAGACACUGUUGCCGUGGACACGCUGGGAGUGUUGACACUAUCGCCACGGAUCCCACACGCACUAAGUUCUGCAGUGGUUCCUGGGACAAGAUGCUGAAGAUCUGGUCAGCAGUGGCCACAGAGGAGGAGGAGGAGGUAGAGGAGCCUCCCAGCAGACCCAGAAAGAAACAGAAGACUGAACAGCUGGGACUGACCAGGACACCCCUCAUGACAUUGUCUGGUCACAACGAGGCGGUGUCGUCUGUCCUCUGGUUGGACAGUGAGGAGAUCUGCAGUGCAUCCUGGGACCACACCAUCCGCCUCUGGGAUGCUGAGACCGGAAGCGUGAAGACCACACUGACUGGCAGUAAGGUGUUUAACCACAUCUCCUACUCUCCACUGUGUCGUCGCCUGGCCUCUGGCAGCACUGACAGACACAUCAGGCUGUGGGACCCUCGCUCCAAAGACGGGUCGUUGGUGUUGCUGUCUCUUACCUCUCACAGUGGCUGGGUCACAGCGGUGAAGUGGGCUCCUUCCCAUGAGCACCAACUGGUGUCUGGUUCCCUCGACAACCUGGUCAAACUCUGGGACACCAGGAGCUGCAAGACCCCUUUGUAUGAUGUGUCUGCCCAUGAGGACAAGGUGCUCUGUGUGGACUGGACUGACAGCAGGUUGAUGUUGAGUGGAGGAGCUGACAACAAGCUGUACACAUACAGAUACACAGCCUGCGAGACAGACGCUGGAGCAUAGACCAGACAGACUGGAGACAGACAUAGCACCUGUUUUUAUUUCUCUGAUGUAUUGCCUGUUGAUUAAAGUCUUUCCUGAUGUAGAUAUGUGUAUUUAUGAACUGCCACAGUUGUGUCGAUGGAGGCUGUUCUUCAUGAUAUAAGAUAGCCAAGGUGACAUACUGUUUUCGAAGAUACAGCUCGUCUCCAUUGUAAUACUACGUAUGUAUGUAGCCACAUCGUUUCCAGAUUAAACUACUGUGUUGAGAACCAUCAGUGGCAGGUCUCUAUACUGCCCUCUCUUGGGACAGAUUAAUAGAUCAUAAUAGAUCAUAAUGUGCCAUUAUAAUUCCCACUGUCGUUGUUAAUCAGUCUUUCAAAUGAACAUUUACAUUACAUUUACAUUUACAUUUAAGUCAUUUAGCAGACGCUCUUAUCCAGAGCGACUUACAAAUUGGAACAUUUAAUAGUAUUUGUCUGUCUACAUCCAUAAAAUACCAGUGUUUUAAAUACAAUAACUACCCAGUCAUCAGUUUUUCAGAUUAAAGAUCUUUCUAUUUUCCUGCA